AGAAAAAGAGGGAGGAAAAGAAGACCCCCGAGGAAAAGGGGGGGGGAAGGCUGCUCUCCUCUGAGGACAGCGCGCAGCACCAUGCAGCUGGCGCCGCUGGCGCUGGCACUCAGCACGCUCUUCAUCGAUGGCUUGAGGACAGGAGCGAGGAGGCAGAAGCUGCACCCCAGGCAGGCCAAGCUGCUGGAGAAGCUGAGCGAGUACGAGAUCGUGACUCCUACCCGGGUGAAUGAGUUCGGUGAGCCCUUUCCCACCGAUGUCCACUUCAGGCGGCGGCGGCGGAGCACCAGCGCUGCCCGAGACGCCUGGACGGCCACCGCCGCCUCCCCCAAGGCUCACUACAGGCUCUCCGCCUUCGGGCAGCAGUUCCUCUUCAACCUGACGGCCAGCUCGGCCUUCAUCGCCCCGCUCUUCACCGUCAGCCUCUUGGGCGAGCCCACCGCCGACCAGCGGCGUCUCUACGCCGAGGCUGCCGACGCCGACGUGAAGCACUGUUUCUACCGGGGACACGUCAACGCCCGGCCGCGGCACACCGCCGUCAUCAGCCUCUGCUCCGGGAUGAUAGGCACGUUCAAGUCUGAUGAUGGGGACUAUUUUGUGGAGCCGCUGCUAUCACUUGAAGAACAGGAGUAUGAAGAAGAGCACAAUAAACCACAUCUGGUCUAUCGACACAGGACACCUCCAACCAACUCUUCAGGGGACAGGCAGACUUGCGACACUCCAGAUCACGAGCACAGUCACAAGAAGAACAAGCGGAAACACUGGAGAAGACAGUGGGCAGAAAGCAGCUUAUUAUCUGACGUGGAGAUGUUAAAACACAGCCUGGAAGUGAAUUCGUUCUCUGUGGACAGCAACAAGACUGGGACCGUCAGUGAAAGGAAGAGCCAUAGAAGGACAAAGCGGUUUCUCUCCUACCCUCGGUUUGUGGAAGUGAUGGUGGUGGCUGACAGCAGGAUGGUCGCCUACCAUGGAGCUAAUCUACAGCACUAUGUCUUAACGUUAAUGUCAAUAGUGGCUUCUAUCUACAAAGACCCAAGCAUUGGAAAUUUAAUUAAUAUUGUUAUUGUGAAAUUGGUCGUGAUACAUAAUGAGCAGGAUGGUCCUGCAAUAUCUUACAAUGCUCAGACAACAUUAAAAAACUUCUGCCAGUGGCAGCAAUCUCAGAACCACCCAGAAGGAAGUCACCUUCAACAUGAUACAGCCGUGCUUGUUACCAGACAGGAUAUUUGUAGAGCGCACGACAAAUGUGAUACUCUGGGUCUGGCAGAGCUGGGCACAGUCUGUGACCCAUACAGGAGCUGUUCCAUUAGUGAAGAUAACGGACUAAGCACUGCUUUCACAAUAGCACAUGAACUUGGCCAUGUAUUUAACAUGCCACAUGAUGACAAUCAUAAGUGCAAAGAAGAUGGAGGCAAAAAUCAACAGCAUGUCAUGGCACCAACACUGAACUUCUACACCAAUCCUUGGAUGUGGUCAAAAUGCAGUAGGAAAUACAUCACUGAAUUUCUGGACACUGGUUAUGGGGAGUGUUUGCUUGAUGAACCUUCAUCAAGAACUUACACAUUGCCUCAGCAGCUCCCCGGGCUGAUUUAUGAUGUCAACAAACAAUGUGAGUUGAUUUUUGGACCGGGAUCUCAAGUGUGCCCAUACAUGAUGCAGUGUCGGCGACUUUGGUGUAUCAACAUCGAUGGUGCACACAAGGGAUGUCGUACCCAACACACACCUUGGGCUGACGGGACAGAAUGUGAGCCUGGGAAGCACUGCCGGUUUGGGAUGUGUGUGCCCAAGGAGCGAGAGGCACCGGUGACAGAUGGAGCCUGGGGGACCUGGAGCCCUUUUGGGACCUGCUCGAGGACCUGCGGCGGCGGCAUCAAGACGGCGCUACGAGAGUGCAACAGGCCCGAGCCUAAAAACGGUGGGAAGUACUGCGUGGGGCGUCGCAUGAAGUUUAAAUCCUGCAACACCGAGCCCUGCUCGAAGCUGAAGAAGGACUUCCGGGAUGAGCAGUGUGCCGACUUCGACGGGAAGCACUUUAACAUCAACGGGCUGCCCACGAACGUGCGCUGGGUUCCCAAGUACAGCGGCAUCCUGAUGAAGGAUCGGUGCAAGCUGUUCUGCCGCGUGGCGGGAAACACGGCCUAUUACCAGCUGCGGGACCGCGUCAUCGACGGGACGCCCUGCGGCCCCGACACCAAUGACAUCUGCGUGCAGGGCCUUUGCCGGCAAGCUGGAUGUGAUCAUGUGCUGAAUUCAAAAGCAAGAAGAGAUAAAUGUGGUGUUUGUGGUGGGGAUAAUUCUUCAUGCAAAACUGUUGCAGGCACAUUUAAUACGGUGCAUUAUGGCUAUAACAUUGUGGUCCGCAUCCCAGCUGGUGCAACGAAUAUUGAUGUGCGUCAGCACAGUUACUCAGGGAAACCAGAGGAUGACAACUACCUGGCCUUAUCUAACAGUCAUGGAGACUUUAUAUUAAAUGGAGACUUUGUCGUCAGUAUGUUUAAAAGGGAAAUCAAAGUUGGGAAUGCUGUGAUCGAAUACAGCGGAUCGGAUAAUACUAUUGAAAGGAUUAAUUCUACAGAUCGGAUUGAGCAAGAAAUAACGCUUCAGGUUUUAUCAGUGGGCAAUUUGUACAACCCCGAUGUUCGUUACACUUUUAAUAUCCCCAUUGAGGACAAACCUCAGCAGUUUUACUGGAAUGCAUACGGCCCAUGGCAGCCCUGCAGUAAGCUCUGCCAAGGAGAACGCAAAAGGAAACCGGUGUGUACGAGAGAGUCGGAUCAGCUCACGGUGUCAGACCAGCGAUGUGAUCGAAUUCCCCAGCCUGACCCCAUCACUGAGCCUUGUGGCACAGAAUGUGAACUAAGGUGGCACAUUGCAAGGAAGAGCGAGUGCACGGCCCAGUGCGGGCUGGGCUACCGCACCCUGGAGAUCUUCUGCUCCAAGUACAGCAGGAUGGAGGGGAAGACAGAGAAGGUCGACGACCGCUUCUGCAGCAGCCAGCCCAAGCCGAGCACCAGGGAGAAGUGCACUGGGGACUGCAACGUGGGCGGGUGGAGGUACUCGGCCUGGACUGAGUGCUCCAAGAGCUGCGGCGGGGGCACGCGGCGGCGACGAGCCAUGUGUGUGAACACCUACAAUGAUGUCCUGGACGACAGCAAGUGCAGUCAGCAGGAGAAGCUGACAGUGCAACGAUGCAGUGACUUCUUGUGCCCCCAGUGGAAAACUGGCGACUGGUCCGAGUGCCUGGUCACCUGCGGGAAGGGGCACAAGCACCGCCAGACCUGGUGCCAGUUUGGAGAAGAUCGGUUAAACGACAGGUUCUGCGAUCCCGAAACGAAGCCGGAGUCGGUGCAGACGUGCCAGCAGCAGGAAUGUGCUUCGUGGCAAGUGGGGCCGUGGGGCCAGUGCACGAGUACCUGUGGCCAAGGCUACCAGAUGAGAGCGGUGAAGUGUGUCGUGGGCACCUAUGUGUCAGUGGUGGAUGAUAAUGAGUGUAAUGCUGCAACCAGACCUACAGAUACCCAGGACUGUGAAAUAGCAACGUGUCCUCCCCAUCCAAAUAGUCCUGAAGCCAAGAGAUCCAUAUCAGGCAUUCACAGGACACAGUGGAGAUUUGGAUCCUGGACACCGUGCUCUGCCACAUGUGGGAAGGGUACCCGGAUGAGGUAUGUCAGCUGUCGGGAUGACCAGGGCUCGGUGGCCGACGAGUCAGCUUGUUUCCACCUCCCGAAGCCAUCAGCCACGGAAAUGUGCACCGUGACACCGUGUGGGCAGUGGAAAGCCUUGGAGUGGAGCUCUUGCUCGGUGACUUGUGGUCAAGGUAAGGCAACGCGACAAGUGAUCUGCAUCAAUUACAGUGACCAGCUGGUGGAUAGGAGUGAGUGUGACCCAGACGACCUCCCUGCCACCGAACAAGAUUGCUCCAUGUCUCCUUGUCAUCCAAACAGCCCUGACUUCGGCAGGCCCAUCCACCCUUUCCUCUAUCCGGAUCAUCGCCUGAAACUGCACCCGGGAGGGAGCCCAAACCGAAACCGUGCCCAUGUACCAGGAGGCAAUCAGUGGAGGAUUGGCCCCUGGGGUGCAUGCUCUAGCACGUGUGCGGGGGGGUUCCAGCGGCGGGUCGUGGUGUGCCAGGAUGAGAACGGAUACACCGCAAAUAACUGCGAUGAGAAAAGCAAACCCAUGGAGCAGAGAUCGUGUGAAUCUGGCCCCUGUCCUCAGUGGGCUUAUGGCAACUGGGGAGAGUGCACCAAACCAUGUGGGGCAGGGACAAGGACACGGCUGGUCGUGUGCCAGCGCCCGAACGGAGAAAGGUUUACGGAUCUGAGCUGUGAAAUCCUGGACAAGCCACCAGACAGAGAGCAAUGCAAUGUGCAGGACUGUCCUAGAGAUGCUGCCUGGAGCGCUGGUCCUUGGAGCUCGUGUUCUGUCUCCUGUGGAAGGGGCCAAAAGCACCGCAAUGUGUACUGUUUGUCAAAGGAAGGGAGGCAUGUAGAAGAAGAUUAUUGCAAGCACCUUGCUAAGCCCAAUGUGCAAAAGAAAUGCAGAGGGGGCAGAUGUCCGAAGUGGAAAGCAGGAGAUUGGGGACAGUGCUCGGUGUCCUGCGGCCAGGGCGUCCAGCGGCGCGCUGUGCAGUGCCACGGUGGCACCCCGAAGGCAGCUGAGGAGGCAGAAUGUGACCCAGCCAUCCGUCCCCCUCCGCAGCGGGACUGUCACCUCCCCGAGUGCCCCACGCACCGCUGGGCAGCCGGCGAAUGGCAAGCGUGCAUGAAGACGUGCGGGGAGGCGUCCCGGUACCGCAAGGUGGUCUGUGUGGAUGAGAACAAGCAGGUGCAGAACAGCGGGUACUGCGAGGCCAGCAAACGCCCCCCCGACGUGGAGAGCUGCGGGCUGCCGCCCUGCGAGUACAUCUGGAUCACAGGGGAGUGGUCAGAGUGCUCGGUCACCUGUGGGAAGGGGUACCGGCAGCGCCUGGUGUCCUGCAGCGAGAUCUACACCGGGAAGGACCACUACGAGUACGGGUACCAGAACACAGUCAACUGUCCUGGCACACAGCCACCCAACAUCCAGCCCUGCUACCUCGGGGAGUGCCCCGUCUCGGCCUCCUGGCGCGUUGGCAACUGGGGAAGCUGCUCUGUCACCUGUGGAGUUGGAGUCAUGCACCGCUCAGUGCAGUGUUUGACAAAUGAUGACCAGGUCAGCAGCUUGUGCCAUGCAGAUAUGAAACCAGAGGAGAGGAGGACAUGUCACAACACCCAUGACUGUGAAUUACCAAGGAGCUGCAAGGAUGUUAAAAGUUUCAAAGGCAUCAUCGAAGAUGGCGAAUAUUUCCUUCAAGUCAAAGGAAAGACAUUAAAGGUGUAUUGCUCUGGGAUGCAGACUGACAGUCCAAAGGAGUAUGUGACCCUGGUAAAUGGGGAUGCAGAGAAUUUUUCAGAAGUGUAUGGAUACAGAUUGCAUAACCCAACUGAGUGUCCAUAUAACGGGAGCAGACGAGAAGACUGCCAGUGUAGGAAAGAUUACACAGCAGCUGGGUUUUCCACCUUCAGCAAAGUAAGGCUGGACCUGAACACUAUGCAAAUAAUAACGACUGAUUUACAGUUUGCACGGACACAUGAUGGACGACCUGUUCCUUAUGCCACUGCUGGGGACUGCUACAGUGCAGCCAAGUGCCCACAGGGUCGCUUCAGCAUAGACCUUUAUGGGACAGGCCUGUCCUUAAUGGGAACAGCAAAGUGGCUCUCCCAAGGGAAUUACGCAGUGUCAGAAAUUCAGAAAUCCCCAGAUGGUACCAAAGCAGUAGGAAAAUGUGGCGGUUACUGUGGGAAGUGCACUCCAUCAUCUGGAACAGGCCUCGAUGUUCAGGUGUUAUAGCAAUGGUUCUCUGAGAGCAGCCAGCGGAGACGAGUCGGAUGAAGGAUAGUGAUGCAAUACCUCUGCCUUCCACUUUUGUACCUGUUUGUGUGUAUAUAGAUAGCAUAUUCUUAAUGUACAGUAUAAUAUUUAUGUUUGGAUUUAUUUAUUUUGAUUUAAUAUUUUUGUACGUAAAAUCAUUAUAUUAAGGCUGCUUUUACUAUUAUUUUUAUUUUUUAUUGUUAAAUCCUGCAGUCAAACUACUGCAUUUUGCGUACUCUACAUUAUAUGUAGCAUUAUGACAAGUGAUACUUUAUUGUCACUGUAUUCAGUUGUUUACUUUGAAUCAGUAAUUUUCCUUCACUUACGGGCUGCUUUGGCCCUCUACGGUGCUACACAAUCUGCAUAGGGGUAUUUUUGGCAUUUCAAUCUGUCUUUAUGUAAGGCAAAUAGACAAGAUGUGCUUACAUUUUAUUUUAGGUAUUGUCGCGAUCUGCGACCUAUUUUCUUUCCUUUUUGGAGUGAUUUUAACUUCUCGGGAUCUGCCGAGAGGUCCGCACGCAGCACUCGCCUCUCACAGAGGAGCAGUGAACUUCAGCACUGACUUUUAGGGUGAGACACUUGUCUAAUGCUCACUAAUGCUUCUAAUAAAAGCAGCCAACCCCCAAUUAGAAUUCAUGAACACGGGGUUUAUUGAGGUGAAAAACAAAACAAUUUGGGGCAGGAGGCUCAAAGAGGGUAAUCAAAAGAGAUAGGGUCUUUAAUUUAAAACACUAAAUACCAAACACCUAUAUAUGUCCUAAUGCUUAUAUAUGAAUACAACUUAUUAUUUACACACCCAGAUUAACUAUUAUUAUCUAAGAGGGGAAGAGGAAGGAGGGAUAUACCUGACACCUGUCCUGUAUAGGGUCGCAGUUUGUGUGGGGCUAAGUCCGGCAGGAACAAACACCUUAGGGAGGGAACGAUCCCAAAAUGCAAUCCCUUACUUUAUUCCUGAGAUGGUCUAGGUAUUUAUAUAUUAGAUGAGGGUGACUUCCCCUGCAACCCAGUCUUAGAACCCACAAGUGGUGGGAAGAAGUCUCAGCGCAGGUUCUGCAGGUGAGCAGGAACUGCAGGGAAGCAGGAACCGCAGGUGAGCAGGAGCCCCUGCAGGCAAGCUCAUUUUAUUCCUUUUUGGGUUUCACAGUCUUCACAGUGGCCAUUGCUGCCCUCUUUGCCUCUGCCUUGUACUGAGGCUUCAUUGCUGCUCUAACACCCUGCGCACAGAUCUGGGAAUACCAGAUGUAACUAAGCCCGGCCUGUCGCCCGUCGGCCACCACGGCUGCGGCUGCGAGACACGGGAGAACAGACGGCUCUGCUCUUAGCGUGGAGGUUUGUGCUCCUUGUGUCGACCACAAAUGUGUAACAGGACGACGGUUUGGUCCAACAGCACAAGUAAGUUCCAAGUCCCUAUUUUUGUUUUGGACAGAUCUUUAACACAUUUUGCCAAUCUUUUGGAGGACUUGACGUUUCAGGGCCUGAUUGGUUUGCUAGCCAAUCUUGUUCAUCUUGUGGGGUGGCCUCCCGGGGUCCACUCAGGGGGUCAGUCAAAUUGACUGUUCUUGGAUUAUCCCCGUUCCCCUCCCUCUGCCAUCCUUUUGACCUCUUUGUUGGCAGAGGGAGGGCUAUUUAGUUUCCCUGAUUCUUAUUAUGGGAUUUCUCCCCCGGAUUGGGCUUUGCAGGCCACUCCUCAAUUAGCAUUUUAAGGUGAUUGUAGGAGUAAUUUUGGGCUAAAAGCCCAGGCAGAAUGCCCUUACACUUAGCCUCCUCCUUUAGCUGAUCAUAAGGCCCCAUAUCAUCCUGAGACAAAGUAUUUUUAUGUUCAGAAGGUUGACCCUUACGUGUGCUGUUGGUUUGCUGCCUUUUACCAUUUUCAUUCUUACUAACAAUUUGCCCCUCACCCUGUGACUCCCUUCGCCGUUGCGGGGCUUCGAGGUGGCUUGGUGGCUGUGGCAGCAUAUGAGGGCUUUCUGGUGGUUACUGGAGACUGAAUCACCUGUCUGGUGCCAGCAGAUUUCUGGGUCAGUUCCACCUCGGGCAUAUCAUGUGUUCUGGAGUAAUUGGUAAGUUCCCAGGCUAGAUCUGCCCCUUUGUUCUAGAUGAGGUUUGAAUUUUUUCUUUAAUGUCAACGGCUACACCUUUCAAUGACUCAGGUAGCCCAGGAAUCAGAAUAUUCUGGAUUUAUUCUGAUAUUAAGAGGACUUUCUUCAUGAGGGGCCACCUCAUUAUUAUAUACUAAUUGAAUAGUAGCCACUUUGUGAAUAUUGUCCAACAGACUGGACGAGUCACCUUUCAAUACAGCAGGUUGACCCUGUGAAGGGGGGUCUAUAAAGCCCACAUUGUAGGCAGCCCUCUGUGUGAUUGUCCAUGGAUAUCUGGGAUCUCCUGUUAACAGUAUUCCUGAUCCCCAGUAUCCUGAGGCUUCUUCCUCAGUUAGCAUGAUGUUGUCUGCCCCUGAAGCAGAUACUAGAAUGACUUAACUUCGUAUCUGUUUCAGAAAGGAGGCGGCUAUAUUGCCUUUUUAAUUGUGCUAUUUCCAUUGGGGUGUACAUUGUUUCCUUAUAUACUACAUUUUUCUGUCUGACUUCACCCUCGCCGUGGUAUGAAAUAUCAGUGCACAUGACUGGGUGAAGACAUUUAUGCUUUAUUUUGUGCCUUUCCCCUUCCUCUUCUGAACUAUCAGUAUUAUAGCAGGAAGAGGAGGAAGAGGAAGCACUUUCUAAUUUAGUAGCCAGGUGAUUAAAUUUAUUUUCUAAUUUGUCCAUUCUUUUAUUGAUCAGUCUUGUCAUUUCACGUGUUUCCAAUCCUUCCUCUGCCCUACUAUGCACAAGAGCAGAGGGGUGUGGUGUUUUUUGUGUCAGUACACUGGCUGGUUCUUGCCCCUCCCAUGUAGUGAGUGUAGCCUUGGAAGUGGAUGUGGCUUGAAAUAUGGAGAACACCACCUCCUGGGGAGGUGUUGGAGGUGUUAGAGGAGUUGUGGGAGGAGUUGCUGCCCUGGUGAGAGGAGACAGAGGUGGCACUUGUCGUUUUUUAGGUUUGUCCUUAAGGGCAGACCUGUAUUUGCCAGUUUUCACUGCAAAGUGCACCUUCUUAUAGUCUUUUUUGAGGAAGAUCUCAGUUCUUCCUCCUCUGUUGUAUAGUCAGAGCUUAGCUCCUCGCUUGAAGGACAGCAUUUUCUAUGAGGGACACACCUCUCAACAUCAGAGAAGUUUUCAAAGUCAGCCUCACUAGGGUCUGAGCCUUCCUGAUGUUGAAUGAAAUCACCAAAUUCAGAUGAAUUAUCAGAUUUUAGAGUGGCCAGUUUGUUGCGAGGUUCCUCAUUUUCAUUCCAAAUUACUACAGGAAGGGUAAAGAAUGCUCAUGCAUUAAGGUAAUCUAUACCCUGCUUUUUAAUUUCCUUUUUGGUAGACUUUGGAAGUUUGAUUCCCCCCUCCAGGUAAUGCAAAUCCUCUACUAAUUCAGCUGAUUUCCCUUCCUUUUAAUUAUUUAAUACAAUAGAAAAUAAAUGGGCUGAGGGAAGGUAACCAUGUGCGCUCAGGCGUUUCUGAAAAGGGAGCACAAGAGAGCACUGCUCAAGUUCUUGUUGUAGAGACACAGUUAACCAGUUUUGAGCCUCCUUUUCUAUGGUGCAAACAGCACCAUCGACGGCAUCACCGCUGAAUUUCGCUGCCAUUGUUACUUGGUUUUGUUCUUCAAUUAGAAACACAGUGAGCACGACAAGAUACUCCCCAGAUCCCACUUCUGACACCAAAUUAAUAUGUCACGAUCAGCAACCUAUUUUCUUUCCUUUUUGGAGUGAUUUUAACUUCUCGGGAUCUGCCGAGAGGUCCGCACGCAGCGCUCGCCUCUCACAGAGGAGCAGUGAACUUCAGCACUGACUUUUAGGGUGAGACACUUGUCUAAUGCUCACUAAUGCUUCUAAUAAAAGCAGCCAACACCCGAUUAGAAUUUAUGAACACAGGGUUUAUUGAGGUGAAAAACAAAACAAUUUGGGGCAGGAGGCUCAAAGAGGGUAAUCAAAAGAGAUAGGGUCUUUAAAAUGCCUUUAAAACACCAAAUACCGAACACCUAUAUAUGUCCUAAUGCUUAUAUGUGAAUACAACUUAUUAUUUACACACCCAGAUUAAUUAUUAUUAUCUAAGAGGGGAAGAGGAAGGAGGGAUAUGCCCAAUGCCUGUCCUGUAUAGGGUCGCAGUUUGUGCGGAAGUGAGUCAGGCAGGAACACCUUAGGGAGGGAACGAUCCCAAAAUGCACUCCCUUACUUUAUUCCUGAGAUGGUCUAGGUAUUUAUAUAUUAGGUGAGGGUGACUUCCCCUGCAGCCCGGUCUUAGAACCCACAGGUGGUGGGAAGAAGUCUCAGCGCAGGUUCCUCAGACAAGCAGGGAAGCAGGGAAACCCCAAAAGCUGAGCAGCAACAGCUUCAGUGUCUGUCCAAAGAGCGGCAGCAAGCAGCAAGCAGGCAGUCUCUUUAUGGCUUCUGGGGACUUGCUCCUUCAUCCCUGGUUGGCCAGACUCUUGUUCCUGGGUCUUCCCUGCCAAUCAGGCAGGGACUUUCCUCCCAUCCUGCUGUGCCAUCCCUGGGCAGACUCGCUGUUCCCAACACUUGCGGUUUUCCCGCCACUGCUCCUGUCAGGCAGCUGGUUACCUCCCUCAUGGAGUCCAAGUUGUUGUUUCAUGGCAGAGGAGGCAGGCAGACAGGAGAGUCUUUCAAGUACCUGGUGGAGUAGCCAUCUUUAAGUCAGUUAUGACUGCUGACCUAAAGGGCGUGUGAUGUUCAUGUGAGGAAAGGUCUGGUCCUUCACAGGUAUGUUUUGAAUUUCACAUGACCUCUGUGGCCAGUGCUAAAAAGCACUGGUUUGGUGCUAACAUAUUUAUUAAUGCUCUGUAGUUUUAGUUAAUCCAGUGCCUUUAUCAGUGAAAAAAGGGAAGAAAGCAAAAAUUGUCAGGUGACUCAAAGAAAAUAGGAUCUAGCCCAGGUUUAGGAAAAUUCCUGCAGAUGGCUCUUCAGCUCGAGCUCCUGUCUCAAAGGGCUCUGAAGUGAACUCGCUUUUAGAAAAAAAUCACAUAUUUGUCUCCUAAUUGCAUGUGCCACUGUGCUUCCUGGCUCCAUCUGGAAGCGGGGUAUUAACUCAUCCCAGACAGGCUGAUCAGGCCAUAUGUUUCCCUGGGCUCAGCACUGAGAAGUGGUGCAGUUUCUUAUGGACAUUGCCACAAAAUCCUGAGGUGAAGCCGAAACCAUCCCUGCCGUGUUAUCUCCCCAUGGGGCCGGUGAGGACUACAGGGUCUGCAGCAGGGGAUGGGGGUCAGGGCCCCCCCGCCAAGCCACCCGUUCCUCUUGGCCUGGGGACUCCAUUGCAGGCACCUGCAGCAUUUUCCUGGCUUCCUACUCAUUCACAGACCAUCUGCAAAGGGAGGCUUCAGUGCUGGCUCUGCCUCCUUUCAACAAGAUCACUCUGUACUUACAGAUAACUCUUCCCCUCCCUUCAAAAACAGGCUGCUUGACGCCUACUCCUGUGUUGCUUCAGAUCUUCCUGGUAAGGCAUCUGUGCUCCUUGCCUCUCUGCCAUCCCAUGUACAACCAGACAUCUAGCGUUGGCUUUUAUUAUUAUUAUUAUUAUUAUUAUCAUUAUUUUAAAUAGAGGAUCCAGCUCUCAUCGGCGCCCACCACGACUGCGCGGUGGCCCCUGCCUGUACAUAGUGCUCUGCUUCUGCCAUGCCAGGUUUUUGCAGAGCUUCAUAGCACGUUGAAUGGGGGUGAUGUGACCAGAUUAUUUUUGCAGUCUGUGACUAUGUCCCUUAUCUCUCUUGCCACCAUUUUACUUUGUGAUUCUGGCUGCUCCAACAGACAAGGUGACAGGGCAGCACCUUCCUAUCACAAAGUACAGGGAAAGGAAACUUUGCAGCUCAAAAUUGCCAGCAGUUUGGAAAACCCAAGAGGCUUUUCUGUUACUUUGGAUAAGGCUUGCAAUUUUGGAUGCAACUAGUGAACAAACCCAGCCUCAGGAUCUUGUGUGAGUCUUUUGCAGAGCUCCCCAAAGGAUGUGUAACCAGCCUGUCAUGAAACAGUUGGAUCAAUAGUGAUAAAAUAUUUGAUCCCUGGAUUCAGACCCAGGCUGUGUUCAGCCUUCAGAGCAAAACCUGUCAGCCUGGCAGUAGGGAAGGAUGAAUUCCCACCAGCUGGGAGCACCUCACAGGCAAGCAGGGCUCUUACAGCACAGCAGCUAAAGAACUGGUGCUCUCCACUGGUUCUGUGUGUGUUCCUCUGCUGCUCUCAUUAAUAGUCAGACUUAGAGGAAAGAAUGAGACUUUUAGUCAUCACUUGGGUUUUUGGCUUAAUAGUGCAUAAGUAGAUCAAAUCUUAGAAAGACUGAUGUUACACCUACAUUGUAUGUCUGUGCAUGACAAUAAUAAAUUCUACCUUUCUGAGAAAAAUGCCAAAAAUACCAUUUUGACAGUGAAAGAAAAAGGGAAAGGGAAAAAGGGAAAGGGAAAAGGUAAGGAGAAAGAGGAAAAGGGGAAAGGAGUAGUAAUGGAAUAGUGAUUAUUUUUUGUAAUGAUAAUUGCUUAUGUAUAACUUCUGUAGGGAAAAAGGGAAAAUUGCACUAUGAACUUUAGAAAGAAACAGUGGUGCUUAGAAAGUACAGGCUUCUUAUACUUUCUCUAAUGAAGUGAAUGGCUAUUUAUAAAAAAAUAUUUUGACCUGUACACAUUCAUUUCUAUCAUAUAGUUUCGUAGUAGCUAUUAACAAAGCAAGAAAAACAAACAAACAAAAUAUAUAAUAAACUAUAUGGGGAAAAAAAAGAUAGAGCACUGAUCCUGUAGUUCAUUAAUGGGCUUCAUUAAAUAGGAGCAGACUUUGAUGACCAGAGACAUUGGACAUUUCUUUUUCAGGCUGUAACUCGGGGUUUUAUAUAUCAAUGCCAUUAUUUUUCUACAAACUGAGGGGUUUUUUGCAAGCACUUUCCUGUACAGUGUUUCUUUCUGCUUAUACUCCAGAGGAAAUGAAAAGACUCAUAAGACAUGUCUGUAUGAUCUUUCUGCAUUUGCCAUCAUAUUUCAAUACCUGUGUGCUAUUAUAGAGGCAAAAUACUUUGUACCCAAGGGAAUAAUACAUUGAAUGCUAAACACUC